AAUAAUUAUCUCAGCGCCGUUUUUAAAGGUAUUUCACAAACCCGGUGGUCGUGUUUAGUUUAUUUUUGUUUUUCUCGCUCGAACUAAACCAAACAAUGGCGGAAAACGCGGUUCCCGUCCGCCCCGUGGACACGAUAUUGGAUUUUUACCGCCAGGAGGUCCUGACCGUCGAAGAGGGGAAGCACUUCGUCAAGAGCGACCUGGUUCCGACUCCGAAGCCAGAAGCCAUUCAAACAGUCUACAUGAGGAUGUUGAAUCUACUUUUUCGUUUCAAAGCAGAAUGUCACUUCAUGUGGGGUCCACCGUGUUUCCAAUGGUGAAUGUCUGGAGUGACGUCACGGACAGGAGAUGCAGCCGAUAUGGCCACCACUUGGACGUCGUCAAUUUCUGCAACUUUGCGCAUGGAUGACUCCUAUUUAUUUUUUCGUAUAGACAUUGAAGUGAAUAAUGUUAUAUGUAUUUUUCAUGACAAUAUCUAUUUUAGAAUGUUUAUAGGUAUGACACUUGACCUUUAAAUAUGUUAACAAAGUACAACUGAACUCACUGCGUAUGUGGUAUAUCCCAGUUGCUUGCAACUUCACUUUGCUUACCCUGUUCACGUCGAUGUCCAGCGAAUGUUAUGCCGUAUGGUAUGUUAUUGCCCAGGGCUGCCUCUUAAUAACUUUGUGUUCGCCAUUUGUCAUCCAGUGUUCCCAACUUCACAGCGAUGUCCAGCGAAUGAAGUUGGUUCCUUGUUGUUGUUGUUUUUUAAAUGGCGAUCAUUUG